CGAGUCUGAGAUGUCUCAGUCUCUCAGAGUCUCAUCAUUUUGGGCGCACAAGUGAUACGCAUGCUGAUUUGGAGGCCUAUGCAGCAUCCAUCUUUAGAAGAGGCUAGGAGCAAUUCUUAUGUGAACGAGUUUCGGUUCAUCUUAGCACAAAGAAGCUGCGAAUUGUUGGCGCGUGCAAGCAGAACGGAGCUUGCACGAGCAGUUGGGACAGCUGCACUGGAACUUUGACGUCUGAUGUGGGGUUGAACACAUUUUGAGACCAUCUCUGGGCCUUGGGACAUGGACGUUGUCCUGGAUGUUGGCCAAUGGGAAGCAGAGGAGCGACCUCAUGAGCACGAGUUUGGGAGGAGGUCGAGCAGCAGUGGCAGCAGGCGCGUGAGUAGAGAGUACCGACGGCCUACCAUUGAAGAGGUCGCACUUCCCCGCAGCGCGGACGUGCGCCUCGUCGCGCGCCACCGCGACGUGUACGAGCCGUGCGACGACAGCUUUGCGCUCGUGGACGCGCUCAUGGCGGACCAGGCACACCUGCGCGAGCUGGACCCGAAACUGUGCGUUGAGGUCGGCUCCGGGAGCGGUUUCGUCAUCACGUCGCUGGCGCUCAUGAUCGGCGACCAAGGCAGCACGCGCUUCCUCGCGACCGACCUCAACCCGACCGCAGCGGAGGCCACGCGAGAAACGCUCGCAGCGCAUGGCGUCGAGGCGGAGACGGUGGUGACGGAUCUGUUGGACGGACUGGAGAAGCACUUGGAAAAGAGUGUCGAUGUGCUUUUGUUUAACCCGCCGUACGUUCCAACCGAAGAAGAAGACGUUGGGGGGCCCGGGGCGAUGGCUGCAUGGGCUGGGGGCGACCGUGGUAGGACUGUCAUAGAUAGGUUUCUGCCCCUGGUUGACGGGUUGUUGUCGCCCGACGGGUGGUUGUAUAUGGUAACGCUCACGACGAAUGAUCCGCAGGAGAUUUGCCGCAUCAUGAAGAAGCAGGGCUUUGCGUCGCGGAUCGUGAUACAGCGGCAGACAGAGGAGGAGAGUCUGCAGGUCAUCAAGUUUUGGAGGGACCCGGCAGAGAGCGAGAAGUCAAAAGAGGAAAGGACGUUUGGGAGUCUGUCACUGAAACGUUUGGCUUUCUGGCGGUCCUGACGGUGCUUCCUCGCCGACGAGGAGCGCCUGAGCUGCCCGUGUAUAUUGAGAGUUUCGAAUUCCGGAUUUGUUGGGAUGUUGCUUUGGUUGCCCGGGACUUUAUAGAGGUGUGUACAGAUUCUCGACAUUGGCACCGUCCUCCAAGCAGGGAUUGCAGAAGUCAGUCCCUUUGAAUAAGCUUACAGCCCAUCGUCAAUGGUGGUCGCAGCUCCCUAAGCUUUUACGUUACGCCUUGAAACAAGCUACAUAUAGAUCGAUCCCUCAUUUGAGAAAUAAUGAGUCGUUUGUUUGGAGUCACAAGUACCUCGG